AGGAGUCAGUGUCUCGGGGAGGCGGUGUGUAAAGAGCCGCUCUGUGCGCUCACUGGCUGCUCAGCCUCUAAUGUGUGCGCAGCCCGCUCAGAGGUCGGACCAGAGCCGGGACCGAUCACCGGUCAGUAGGCGACUCAAGUGUUCAGUGUGCGGACACCCGCACCGAUGACCGGGAACAGAAGCGGGAGACGUGAGAGGAGACUUAGGCUCGGAUGUGAGAGAUGGAAUGCAUAGAAAGGACUCAGACACUGUGAAAGUUUACAUUUUCGGACAUGGAGACACAAACGAAGAGACAAUUAAUCACAGUAAAGUCAGCCAACAGUCUCGCCUGAGGUCUGAGGUGCAGCGGAGGAUGACACCUGCACCCCACCGGGCGAGGACCGACGCGUUGUUCCACACUUGCACAUCUUUGAAGAGGAGUGGGUCAGAGCUUCUGCAAGAGUGACUUUAAUUCUGCUCCCUGCUCGCUGCCAUCUCCAGUCAUCGGCUGUGGCUGCAGGAACAUUUCUUUUGCGCUCCUUUGUAUCUUUGCACCAUCGCUGACUGCGGCAAGAAACAUCUCAUACCCGGACAUCUCUGCACACAGGUCAUUCAGUCGUUGACAUGUCUGCACUCAUCUCUUCAUGCCGUCUCCCUGUAGAGAGUUCACAUCUGCUGGAUUGUAGGAAAUAAAAGCGAGCUUUGCUUCCAACGCGUCCCCUCUCUACACCACAGCAGUAAGGCAGUAUAAUCUGCGGAGCACUGACUCACCAUGGGCACUGUACUAUCGCUGUCUCCGGGCUCUCGGAAAUCAGGCUACUAUGACAACCGGCCGGGCUCGCUCAGCCACUACCCGAGCAUCAGCAGCCGUUCUCUCAACAGCCAGAAAGACCGCGGGCUGAAGAGGGGGCAGUCCAUCUUCCUCCCAGCACUCACAUGGAAGCGACUGGUGGCCUCGACGAAGAAGAAGGGAAACUCCAAGAAAGGCUCCGGUGGUCAAGUGGCCCUCGGGGACCCUCUCAACAACAACAACAACAUCAAUAUCUACCAGAAGGACCCCGUGUUGCACCUUAACCGUGAGAAUGUGAAGAAGUCGCUGUCAUGUGCCAAUCUGUCCAGCUACGAGGGCCCAGCAGGACUGGGUCUGGGGCUCGGGCUUGGUUAUGGCCUGGGGAUGGGUCAGGGUCAUGGGUGUGGCUACAGCAAGUCCCAACAGCUCUCCUCUGUAAAGAAAGUCCCCCAGGGGACAGUGAGUUCGUCCCCAAAGCGUGUCAUAGUCCAGGCGUCCACCAGCGAGCUCCUGCGCUGCCUGGGGGAGUUCCUGUGCUGUCGCUGCUACCGCCUAAAGCAUCUGUCUCCGGCUGACCCUGUGCUGUGGCUGCGGGCUGUGGACCGCUCGCUGCUGCUGCAGGGCUGGCAGGACCAGGCUUUUGUUACGCCGGCCAACGUGGUCUUCGUCUACAUGCUGUGCCGAGAUGUGGUGGACGGCGACCUGGUGGCAUCGGAGCAUGAGCUGCAGGCCAUCCUGCUCACCUGCCUCUACCUGUCCUACUCCUACAUGGGCAACGAGAUCUCAUACCCACUCAAGCCCUUCCUGGUUGAGGCGGGUAAGGAGGCCUUCUGGGACCGUUGCCUCGCCAUCAUCGAUGCCACUAGCGCCAAGAUGCUGCGCAUCAAUGCAGACCCGCACUUUUUCACACAAGUAUUUGCUGAACUGAAGAGUGAAGGUGGCUGUGGGCCUCAGGACUAUAGUCGGGUGCUGGAUCGGUGAGAGGAAGUUUGCUGACUACAUGCCUUUUUGUACACUCAUUCACACGUAUACUUGCACACACAUUUGUCUCAUACAGAUUCCCCUUGUUCUUCUUCUGCUGCCCUGCAGGAGCAACAAAAGCCUAUCUCGUUAGAGUUAUGUAGUUAAUCAUUCCAUCUGUGUUUGUCACCAUCGUCCCGUCCAUCCACAGAUAGAAAUAAGGAAUUCAGACAUUUCCUCCCUCAAAGAUAAUUGGCUGACAGAAGCUCACAGUUGUGUUUUGUUUUGUCCACCUGAGUUUACUUGAAUUGAGGAACCAUUUGGUCCACCUGUCCCAUCUGACCCCGUGUGUCUGGUCCCAGUCGUCCCAGCUGCCCCUCUGGAUCUGCACAGCCCGGCCUCCCAGCAUCCUCAGCCGCCUCUCUGAAUGUGAUCAAUCAGUGUGCACGGGACACGAACAUCAUCACUCCACACAAAUACCGUCAAGGAUUUUUCACUGGUUAUAUUCCAAAGUGGAUUCACAUAAGAAUAAAACAGACAGUGUAAUCCGCCGAGGCCAAGUUACAUUUUCCAGGACAACACAAGGAGACAUGUUGACAUCCGCUGCUGGCCAAGCCUCAUGUGCCAGCAGUGAAAAGUGACUCAGACUGAUGGGAACAGCUGAGAGGUCCAUGUUAGGUCCUGCUGGUCCUGCUGUGCGCUGUGUAAUCAGUAAAGCAAAGCGAACAGACAGUGGAGCCUUUUGAGGGUCGUCUGGCCUGAGGGGACAGUUGCUGUUUUUUUUUUUUUUAUCCUUACUCGCUCAAGCCUGCCUCAUGUUUCUAUUUUAUCUCAGGAGAGUUUCCUGGGGGAAGCAAAAUUUAAGACUGACGUGUCUUGUGCGAGUGUAUGCAUGUGCGUGUGUGUGUAGGCAUUGUGCAGUGGACGGCAGCCAGGGUCAUCAGCUGUUUACUCCAUCCUUUUGUUCCCUGCGUCUUGUUGACAGGGCACCCACAGGCCGUGGUAUUAAUGAGAUUAGCAGAUUACUGCAGCCCCUCCCCUCUCUCAACCUCUGCCCCCUUCUUGUCCACUCGGCAGCCCCGCAGAGCUUCAGUGGCUAAUCCAGGUCAGGCUGGACCGUGCUGGACUGUAAACACACACACAUGUACACAAACACACAUUUCCUUGUUGUGUGCGCUCUGAUCUCCUCAGCGCAUGAAUAAAAACGCUGUGUGACACACGUGUGCAGCUCAGGGUCCAGAGCGGAGGCAGGGAAGCUCUAUGCUGUUGUGGUUGAAGGGUUUUGUUGUUGUGGCUUCUGAAUUUGUCCCACUUUCUCAUCAGUCACCUGCGCAUCCUCAUCUGCCAUCAAGAGGCCUGUUUGCUCUCUUAUCUCUCCAUCAACUCCGGCCUCCUGCGAAAUUAUUCCCUCGAAUGAACCAUUGGCGUUUGUGCUUCAGUGCCUUUAAUGUAGUUUUCCCAUGUGUUUUCAUGUGUGUUGUCAAAGGGGGUCACAGAUGAGCCCAAGAUUCAUCGGUAUUGUUAAAAAGCAGAUCAGAUUAAAUAUAUCACAGCUGGAUUUUUUGUGCUGGCAUUGUACAUUUCUUCAUACAUACCACUUCAACAUUUCUAAAGUGACAUAGUAUAUGAGUUGGAUUCA